AUGGAGGUCCAAAAGCAAAAGUGCCAAAAACCCAACACAGACCAAGUGGUUCUUUUCAUGGACCAACAAGACUCCAAACUCGGACAGUCACCACCACCGCAGCAAGCAGACUCCCUCUCUAGAACCCCAGCAAGAACAAACACCCUUCGCCGUCUCAACUUCUCCAAACCCAAAUCUCGUUUCACUGAAACUAACUACCCUCCCCCUUCCAAAACCAUCCCUGAAUCCAAAGAAUACCAACCCUUAAACCCUCCUGAAAGCGCUACCUCCACAGAUGAAGACGAUGAUGAUGAAUGGUAUGAAAAUGAAGAAGAAGAAGUUGAUGGUGCCAAAAAACUGUCCAACUAUCGAAAGAGAAGGAAAAGAAAGAUAAAAAAGAGAGCCUUGAUCGAGUUCAUAUUGUUUCUCAUAAUCAUGACUUGCUUAAUUCUCUCUUUAACCGUUGAAUCCCUCAAGAUCAAGUUCCAAUGGGGUUUAGUUUUAUGGAAAUGGUGCCUUAUGGUCUUGGUCCUCUUCUGUGGCCGCCUUGUGUCGGUUUGGGUUGUAGGUUUUAUUGUUUUUCUCAUGGAACGCAAUUUCAUGCUUAGAGAAAAAGUACUGUACUUUGUUUUUGGUUUGCGCAAGAGUUUUCAACAUUGUGCAUGGCUAGCGUUGGUCCUACUUGCAUGGAUGAUUAUGUUCCAUGAUGUCCAUAAACAUAACAAGGUCUUAAAGAAGGUUUUCCGUGCUCUGAUUGCUGUCCUUGUCGGAGCUACUAUAUGGUUACUAAAAAUUUUACUUGUCAAGGUUCUUACUUCUUCUUUCCAUGUUGCUACUUUCUUUGAUCGCAUGAAAGAAAGUGUUUUCCACCACUACAUUCUCGAUACACUCUCUGGUCCGCCAUUAGAUGAGGAUGAGAGAGAAACUCCUCAGCGGCCGACGCCAAGCCAUUCGAAGACAUUGGCAGCGAAGCUGAGGGAGAGGGCCACGCCGUUAUCGAGAUCUAAGAGGUACGAGUCGAGGAGCAUCGAUAUGGAGAGGUUGAGGAAGUUAAGUAUGAUGAGUAGGGCGACUGCUUGGAGUGUGAAGAGGUUGGUGAGUUACAUUAAGUCUUCGGGGUUGUCAACGAUUUCGUGGACGGUGGAUGAUUUUGGUAAUGCAGAGUCGGAGAUCAAUAGUGAAUGGGAGGCUAGAAGCAGUGCUCAAAGGAUUUUCAAGAAGGUCGCCAAAUCUGGUGCCAAGUAA